AUGGUGAAUGUCUCAUCACCAAUGGAAAUGUCUCUGAUCUCUGUGCUGCUGGAAGCGGAACUCCCUGCGGACUCCCGGUACCGGUACCGGGCGGAGGACAGCGGGGAGCUGGAUCUCGAGGAGUGGUCUGGAGAUGGCCCCUUUCCGGGAAUUAUUGACUUGUAUGGAACUGGAGGAGGACUCCCUGAGUACCGGGCAUGCCUGCUGGCCAACUAUGGCUUUGCUGUUCUGGCUCUGGCUUUCUAUGGCUAUGAAGAUCUCCCCAAAGAGAUGAAGGAAUUCCACCUGGAAUAUUUUGAAGAAGCCGUAAACUAUAUGUUACAACACACCCAGGUUAAAGGUCCAGGGAUUGGGUUGCUUGGAAUCUCAAAGGGGGGUGACCUGUGCGUCUCCAUGGCCUCCUUCCUAAAGGGCAUCACGGCCACCGCCCUUAUCAACGGCUCGGUGGCAAAUGUGGGCGCAGUGCUCCGCUACAAGGACGUCACCAUUCCACCCCUCGGUGUCAAUGCAAAACGCAUCAAGGUCACCAAGUCGGGGAUUGCCAAUAUUAUCGACGUGCUGAACAACCCGUUGGAAGGGCCUGACCGCCAAAGCUUUAUCCCCUUGGAGAAGGCCGAGUGUCGCUUCUUAUUCAUUGUUGGCCAGGAUGAUCACAACUGGAAAAGCGAAUUCUUUGCAGUUGAAGGAAGCAAACGUUUGCAAGCUCACGGGAAGGAAAAGCCGGAGAUAGUCUGUUACCCUGGAGCAGGGCACUACAUUGAACCCCCCUUUUUCCCAAUGUGUGCAGCCUCAAUGCACCUGCUAGUUGGCAAGCCUGUGGUGUGGGGAGGGGAGCCCAAGGCGCACUGUGAGGCACAGAUAGAUGCUUGGCAGCAGAUCCAAGCCUUCUUCCGCAAACACCUCACGGCGAAGCCACCUGGAACAUCCAGUAAGCUGUGA